GGCCCUCCCCCCGGUGUACGGGCCCUCCCCCCCGGUGUACGUGCGGGCCGACAGGCGGUGAUGGCGGACGGUCGGAGAAGCGUUUCCUCAUUCCUCAGAGCUCCGACCGCAGGAGAGAGAAGCUGAACAAUAGCCGGGUUUACUUCGUUGUCAGCGGCUGAGCUCGGAGCCGAGGUCGCGGCGUGUUUUCGGGAUCUUCUUGGUGGUUUUACCGCCGCUGACUCAUCAACAUGAGGAUGCCGUCGGCGGAGGCCUCUGCGAGCGGGAUGAAGCAGUGCCAGCUGGCCCAGGAUCAGCUGGAGGACGCCAUCAGCGGCGUGAUGAAGGCCGAGCAGCAGCUGAGGGAAAACACCAGAGAGGUGCGUGCGGAGCUGCAGAGCUGUGUGAGCCGUCAGCAGGAGGCGCUGCGCAGCAGGGAGGUGUGGCUGCUCGGUCAGAUCGAGCUGCUGGAGCAGCUGAAGACUGAAGCUCUGCAGCAGCAGCUGCACCGGCUGCACCGGCUGCGAGGACAGUUUGACGUGAUCGUCCAUCAGCUGCAGAACUCGAGCAGCAACGACCUGAGCAACCAGCUGACCAGCUGCAUGGAGAAGUUGUCCUCUCUGAGUCUGACACCAGAGGAAACACCUGAGGUCAGUUUCCACGCCGACACUCGCUCUCUGAGGCAGGCCAUCACCUCGUUCGGCAGCAUCACCGCUCAGCUUGUGCAGGGUGUGUCCUCGCAGAGCCCCGCCCACCAGAGAGGUCAAGUGCAGUGUCCAAUCGCUGCCAAGAAACAGAAGACGGAGGCCGGAGCUCUGGGCGACUGGCUGCUGGGAACUGCUCCAGCAAGCAGCGCUCCUAUUGGUUACCAGUCCAGCACGAACCCUCAGGAUUGGCUGAUGUCGCACACGGAGAGCAAGACUUCCUGUCCCGUCCUGGCCUCGGUGGACUUCCUGCAGGCCUGGGGUCAGCUCAGGGACCUGGAGGCGUGGCUCCUCCAGGACCAGACCGCCGCCAGCCGGGAGAGGGCCAACAGCAGCUGCAGCUCCUCCUUCUCCAUCGAGAAGAUCGACGAAUCAGAGUUCACCGGCGCUGAGGAGGAGGAGGAGGAGCUGAGCGACUGGCUCAUCACCCCACCCACUGUUGCCAUGGAGACCAUGUCAGACGGCGAGCGGUGGCGGCAGGUGCUGAAGCCAUUCGAGGACGCCUGGUCAUCCAGUGACUGGCUGGUGGGGUCAAGCCGCCCCCCCGCCGACUGCUCCUCCUGCUGCCAGACCACCAAGGCCGUGGAGAUCGAGAACCUGGGCCAGCUCAAGUGCCUGAAGACCCCGCCCGCCUCCAGCCCCGAAUCCCCCGCCUCCCCGGCGGCCCCGGUGACGGCGCCGGCCCUGGAGGCGUGGCUCCAGCAGGUGGUUCCGGUGCAGCAGAACUGCAGGGCUAACGAGGCCUGCUCCACCUACUCCGACUGCGUCUGCGAGGAGAACUGCGGGAGGGAAGCUCUGAGCGUCUGGCUGCUCCGUCAGGACGGGCGAGACAAGAACGGCGUCCCGGUCGCCAAGAACGCCCCGCCCACCCUGCACCUCAGGGAGCAGGAACAGAAGGUUCAGGCCAUCCUGGAGGCCUGGCUCCACCCCACCCGCACCUCCUCCACCUCCUCCUCCCUGCAGGCUCUCACCUCCUCCCUCUCUGGCUGGGUGGCUCCUGAGGAGGAGAAGGCCAGCAGGGAGGAGCACAGCUCCCAGUUCAAGCCUUCCUCCUCCUCCUCCUCCUCGUCUCCGUUCCAGCGCCCUCUGGAUCCAGAACUCUGGGUGCUUCCUGGGCAGACGCCUCCUCCUGCUCCGGGGUCGGGAGGUCCGCCCCGCCCAGCAGCCGAGGAGGACAAAUGGCUGCUGAAGAAGAGGAGUCAGGCUCAGGAGCGCCUGGCGCUGCCCACUGUCUGUGACCUGUUCUCCUGUAUGAAGGUGGGCGGAGACAAAGACAAAUGGCUGCACAAGGCUCCUGAACAGAUGUGACGACGACGACGGAUGUUUCUUCUUCUCUCCUCUGGGAGUCAGUUUAUUAUCGCUGAUCAGCGCACACGAUCGCAACAAUCUAACGAACACCGCCGCCUUCUUCCUGUGACAUCACCACGCUGAGCCGCCGCCCGCCGCUCUCCUCCAAUCGGGAUCAGGAACCGACCGAUCAAUACAUUAACUGCUUGUCUGUGGGAAAACUUUAACGGACUUUGAUUUGCAUUUUAAAGACCAAUCGAUUAAUCAAUGACUCCAGGUGUCGGGUUUGCUCUCCUUCAGUCAGUCGGCAGGAAAUAAAAAUGCUAAUUGAUUCGUUAUUUAAGUCUUGUCAAGCAAAAAUAUCAAUCGCUGAUCAGAACUUGUUUAUUUUGAGGUUUUCUGUUUUUUCUUUGACUCACGUGAUCGAAAUCAGUUUGUUUCUGUCUGUAAUGUUCUUCAUCGUCGUCUGACGCUCCAAAGAGCAAACGAUUAAUCGAUUAGUCGAGAAAAUAAUUAGCAGAUUAAUCAAUAAUAAAAUAAUUAGCUGCAGGGCGCGUCGAUCAGCUGAUCCCGACAGGAGGGGAGGGGGCGGAGCCUGAGGGGACAGGGCGGGGUCGAGUGGGCGGGGUUAAAGUUAGAUAAAAUAACCUUUAUUUUAACAAACCUGUUUUUAAGCUUUCACUUCAUUUCCUCCUCUAACAGAAUCUGAUUGGGAAUAUUCCUUUUCUUCUUCUUUGGUUUUUCCUGUGAAACUGCUGAACUGCAGAGAUCUACUUCCUGUCCAGACUGCAGGCUGCUCGCAUCACUUCCUCAGUUUUUUUUUUACUGCAGAUUUCGAGGAGACGGCGGUGAUGACGGCGGCUUUCUUUAAAGUUACAACCUUCAGUUUUUCAUCACUGCUUAGCGUUGGGGUUUGCACAUGCUCAGUGGCGUUUCGGGCCGUAGCGACGUCGUGCACUUUAAAAUCUCGUUUUGUUUCUCUGUGAAGGUUUAACAAAUAUAAAAGCUUCACAGGAGAAAUACCUGAGCUGUUAGCUGUUAGAAUGGACGUCAACGGGAAUGUUUAGUUGCAGUACCGCGAGUGACCACCGGCUGAGUGGAGGCGCCGCUUCACAUCUGUCAAUACAUCGUCAAUACAUCUGUCAAUAGAUCUGUCAAUAGAUCUAUUAAUAGAUCUGGCAAUAGAUUAUUAGAUCUGUCAAUAGAUCUGUCAAUAGAUCUGUCAAUAGAUUAAUAGAUCUGUCAAUAGAUUAAUAGAUCUGUCAGUAGAUCUGUCAAUAGAUCUGUCAAUAGAUUAUUAGAUCUGUCAAUAGAUCUGUCAAUAGAUCUGUCAAUAGAUUAAUAGAUCUGUCAAUAGAUCUGUCAAUAGAUCUGUCAAUAGAUCUGUCAAUAGAUUAAUAGAUCUGUCAAUAGAUCUGUCAAUAGAUUAUUAGAUCUGUCAAUAGAUCUGUCAAUAGAUCUGUCAAUAGAUUAAUAGAUCUGUCAAUAGAUCUGUCAGUAGAUCUGUUAAAGGGUGCAUGACUGACUCGUCGUCUGCUCCUCCGACCAGCAGAGGGCGCCGUUGUCUCCCGUCUAUGCGUGUGGUUUUAUUAUUAGUAUUUUACUGCUUUUUGAACAUGUAUGAGCUGAAGGUGUGUGAGGAAACCUGCAGCUGUUACAUUAAAAGCUCCUGGUCUGGUUCUUCUGUUGUGCCCUGAGUUGAGUCUUGCAGGCUGACAGACUCUGUAUGGCCUCGACCGUCUCUAAUCCGAAGCGUUUGAUUGGUGGAGCUCGUCAUGCGUCAUUAAACGCCUGGAGGACUCGGUUCAGGGCAGAAAACAGAUAAAAAUCUACGGAAUAAAAAACAAAGAACUUUGUUUCCCAGAAUGCCUUGGGUGGGAGCAGCCUGCAGUCCGUUAGCAGACGGGUCACAUGACUCCGCAGUCAGCAGUGAUUGGUGCUUUUUAUUGAAGCUGUGUGAUAGUUUUGGGGGGCGGGGCUUCUGUCAUAUAGAGCUGUGAUGUCAUCAGUGCUCUCUUCCUGCUGUGAUUCUCUACAGUAAUAAAACAUGCUGACAUCA